AUGGGAACAUCAAAGAAGAAGGCGGUGGUAACACCCAAGAAACCCAAGAAGAAGAGGGACAAGAAGCGAGAAACAGAAAGUCCGAGUGAAGAACAUCGGAUCGUCACCGUGACCCUGAAUGAGCACACAUACACGGGGUAUGUGAAGACAAACAGCAUCGGCAAAAGGUGCUUUGAUGCUUUGUCUGCCAAGUACCAGUGGAAGAAUGGCACUCAAUACGAAGGGCCUUUUGUACAAAGCGAUAUACAGGGCCACGGCAAGUACACGUGGCCCGACGGCUCUUCGUAUCAAGGGAACCUGCUAAAUGGAAGGCGACACGGGCAUGGAGUCUUCCUUGCUGCGGAUGGGGUCACCAAGUACGAGGGUCAGUGGGAAAACGGCAAGCGACACGGCAAGGGCCGCCUUGCUUACGACCGGGCCGGAGAGUCCUUCUACGAAGGAGAGUGGCGAGAUGGCUGCAAGCAUGGCCAUGGACGGCAGGUCUGGCCUAGCAAGAACACCUACGAAGGGCAUUGGGAUCAGGGCCGCAUUCAUGGCUUCGGAACCAUGACGUGGUCUGAGAACGGAAUGCUGGAGUGCUACACCGGAGAAUGGGCAGAUGACAUGCCCGAGGGCCAUGGCAAGUAUACCUGGCAUGUCCGGGAAGGCCAAGGUCCCAGGAAAGAGAUGCCUUCGCAGCAGUCGAACAACAGCUUCGAAGGUUUGUGGCAAAAAGGACUUCGAUCCGGCUACGGAACUUUCAACUUUGCCAGCGGCGCUCAGUACAAGGGCCAAUGGUCGGAGAACAUUAAGCACGGUGAAGGCCGGUACACCUACGAAGAUGGCCGGGUGUAUACGGGAGAGUUCGUCAUGGACAACAUGGCCAAGGACAGUACUGCUAGCGAGAUUCCUGCAGAGGCAUCGACUCAGUUCCUCAAUGUCGGCGGGGCCGAGAACCCGGUGCGGCGGUGCGUAGAGAUCAACGACCUCACGGGCUUUUGCCUUCCCAACGACCGGACGAUCACGGAUCCAACCGAGCUCACCGGCUAUACGGACCCCACAGAGGUGUUCCGAGAAAUCUACAAUAUCUUGUUGCGGCAAGUGGGGGAUCUCAAGAAGGUCUAUGCCAAAGUGCGGAGGAUCAUCCAGAGACCCGGCGACGACCCCUGGGUCAUGUAUGCCUUCCAACUCUGGAUGCUUCUCCGAGACACCGGAAUGCUGACUCCCGAAUGCCCGCUCAGUCGGGUGAACAGGUACAUCAUGUCCGGCAUGAGGCGGCACGGAGAGGCGUUUCACGAAGACCUACAGGAGCUCCGGCCGCUCACGCCGAGGCCAUCCGUGAUGAGCUCCCGAGAUGCCAAGCAAGGCAAGGCAUCCAAGGAGAACUCAGGAGAGGCGACCGAGGCCACAGAUGAAGACGACGACUACGACGACGAGGAGGAGGGCGAGGCAGAGGAUAGCUUCAUGCAAGAGGAGGAGAACGAGGAUGAUGGCGACGAUAGAAACAGCGCCCGGACACGACAAAGCCGAAUUAGCAGGGCAAACAGCCGAGUCAGUCGAGUGAGUCGAGGCACCAACCGUACCAUGGGUGAUGGCCCUGCUCAACCUGGGCGCCGUCCCACCAUCCAAUCCUUGGGGACCAGGCAGUUUGGAUCCAGUGGCCCCAUGGACUUCUUCUUUGAUCAAAGCAAGUUUUGGCGCUUAGGAGAUGCCGAAGCUAGCGAGAAGAUCUUGGAUGUGCAUGCCCCGACAACCGCGCUCAUGUUCCGCCAUUUCCUCGAGGCGCUGGUGAGAAUGGCUCCUGCAGCCUACCCUGAGAACCAGGGGCUGGAGUCGAUGCUCAAGGCGCUUCUUCGUGAACGGUUCUUGCCAAAGGUGGAGCAGCCAAUCGGCGUGGAGUCCUGCGGCACGUUCGAGUUCUUGGCAGACGGCCAGCUUCAGCAGGUCUUCUCGAACUUUCAGACGAAGCUUUGGGAGCUGUUCAAAGACAACACGACAGGAUUUGGUGCCUACGAGUUGCCACAGUGGGCACACAUCCUGGAUUUGGACGCCGACGAAGGUUCGGCGGAGAAGAAAUACAAACGCCUCACAAGCCGCCACUAUGGCGGGACAUCCCGGCGAGUCCACAUUCAGGGCCGAAUGUGCGUCAGCAUCAGAGUGAAGGGGAGGGUCGAUUUUUCCAAAGGCAUCCUCAAGGAGAGGACCAGGUCCAGAGCCAUGGUUCGAAGCUCCCUCCGCGUGGCGCGCGUCGCGCUUCUGGCAGCUGUGGCCCAGACUCUGGUCUCCGAGCUCUUCACCGCUCCGCUGAGAGGCCUCCGGCUUCGGAGCAUCUGCAGAGCGAGCCCGGAGGAUUACUGGAAGGUCUUGGGCGUUCCCUCUGGCACCAGCGUCAAGGAAGUGAAGAGAGCUUACCGUCGGCGUGCCAAAGAAGAGCAUCCCGAUGUGAACAAAAGCCCCGGCGCCUUGAAGCGGUGGCAAAGACUGUCGGAGGCCUACGGAAAGUUAAUCGACCCGGAGUACCGGAAACGGUGGAGUGAGGAAGAGGCGAGACGCUCGGCGCGGACUCAGGAAAGUCGCAGAACCUACACCUCCAACCCGGGGACUUCCACAAAAAGGGCGGAUGAUAUCCGAGAGCCACCAGCUGCAGGUUUUCCGAAGACGAGGGACGCAAAGAAGUGGGCCGCCGCCGGCUGGGAUGCUUUUCAGGACAUCCUGCGCCGUGCAGACUCGCUCCGUCAGCCACGGGGAUACAGAGACUCUUCUGCCUUCCGAGAGUUCAAGGCUUCUCAGGAAGAUUUGGCAAAAGCCCAGCAAAAGCUGAAGCAACUCAGCUCGGAUGAAGAGUAUUACCUGAACUUGACGGACUCCUACCGGCGCGGUGGGCAGAAGAGGGAGGAGCUGCGAGCAGGGCUCAGGACACUCGAGAUACGUGAGGAGUUGAAGAAGCUCCGAGCACGAAUCCGCAGUCUGUCCGAGCAAGCAGACUACUGGCGCAGUGUGUCCGACGUCUUGCACAUCCUGAACUAUGCGAACCUGUUGUGCAUCGGCAGCAUUCAGUCCUGCAUCGACAACCCAACGGGCAGCGUGUUCACGGUACAGCAAGAAGAGCCAACAUUGGCAGAGCCGGUCGAGCGGCCGAUCACAAGCAGCUCUCCCGGCACAACUCCCAUCGAGGAGCUCGGUUCCCUCAGAGGGGCCAUGGGCGACAUGCCGCCUCAGACGGCAGAUAGUGCACCUCCUAUCAACAUGGAUGCUUUGGAUCCGCGCAGCCAAACGCCUGCGGGGGAAUCCACCGCGACUGGCGAGGAUACGCAGACGCCGACCCCCGUCAAGGAGUGUGCAGAGAAGCCCUUGGAUUCUGGCGUAGAAGUCGAGAAUCAUAGCCCCGGAGGAGAUGGCGGUGUCCAAAGUUGGGCCCAUGGAGACCAGAGCAGGUGUCCCGAUAGCCGACAAAACUUCCCUUCCCUCCAUGCGUUUGUGAACGAGUGCGCACAGUACAUCACUGCCACAUCAAUGGUGAUCACCAUCCUGGCGGGCGGCGAGCUCACAAUCCAAACGGUUGGAGCUUGCCUCGUCUUUUUUGCGACGCGGAUCUGCCACUGGGCCUUUGUCAGUGCCAUUCACAUUUGGUGGCUGUCACCGCGCAACAGGAAUGUGUACAUUAAGGAGUUUGCAGCUGAGGCCGCGAAGGGCAACGUGGACAUGACCUUGAUGUUGAAGCAUCAUCCGGAGACCAUGUCUGAAACCUUCGGGGACACCUCCACCACGGAGUUCCAAAUAGUCGAAGCCACUGCUAGGCCUGCAGCGCAUCUCCUCCUCCUGGGCAACGUGAUGAUGCACCUCAAGGGUGGCGACAUCUUCUCGUGUGGCUUGCAUGCCUUUCGUGGCGCGAUCGCGCCUUUCGGUCUCAUGAUGGUCAUGAACACUCCCGUCAUAUCGGGAGCAGGCAACCUUCUAAGCUCGUGCAUCUGCGUCCGUCCGUGUGUGUCCGUGUGUGUGUGUGUGUGUGCGUGUGUGCGCGCGAGUGUGUGUGUGUGUGUGUUUUAG